CCGCGCGUCCGCCGGUUUGCCGGCUCCGUGGGGCUCGCAAGGGCGGGAGGGGGCGGAGACGCGGUCCGGGUGGGCUCUGAGCGCCGAGAUCAGUCGGGUGCUCUUUCCUCGAGCCCCUCUGCGCCCUCGCCUCUCUGAGGCCGGAGACUCUCUCGCCAAGGCUCCCACCGAGCCAGCCUCGUCUGCUGCUGGGAGCCCGGCCGUGAGGGGCAGUGGGACGUUCCUACCGCCGCCCCGGCACACGAGCCCCGGGUCUUUCUCGAGGGUCCUGAGCUGUUCCGGUCGGGUCUUCCCUCCUGGGACGGAGGCCGUGCUCGUGCCCUGGGCCAAGACCCAGGAGACAGGCGCUGGUAGAGGCAACCGGGCACUGAGGACCACUGGCAGGGGAGGGGGGUGGGGUCGCCCCCGUCCCGCCCCCGGCCGCCUUGGAAACGCGGUGCGGAUAACGCCAGCGGGAGACGCGGCGGCCGAGCAGUUCCGCUCCGAGGGCGGAAGUGCGUGCCCAGCUUUCGGCCGUUGACCAGGCAGCAACAUGGUGGCACCCGUGCUGGAGACCUCUCACGUGUUUUGCUGCCCGAACCGGGUGCGGGGAGCCCUGAGCUGGAGCUCCGGGCCCGGAGGACUUCUGGCCUUCGGCACGUCCUGUUCCGUGGUGCUCUAUGACCCUCAGAAAAGUGUUGUUAUUACCAACCUGAAUGGUCACACUGCUCGAGUCAACUGCAUACAGUGGAUUUGUAAACAGGAUGGUUCUCCUUCUACUGAAUUAGUUUCUGGAGGAUCUGAUAAUCAAGUGAUUCACUGGGAAAUAGAGAAUAAUCAGCUUUUAAAAGCAGUCCACCUCCAUGGCCAUGAAGGACCUGUUUAUGCAGUGCAUGCUGUUUACCAGAGGAGGGCAUCGGACGUUGCAUUACAUACACUGAUAGUGUCCGCAGCUUCUGAUUCUACUGUUCGAGUCUGGUCUAAACAGGGUUCUGAAGUGACAUGCCUUCAGACCUUGGACUUUGGAAAUGGAUUCACUCUGGCUCUCUGCUUGUCUUUUUUGCCUAAUGCUGAUGUACCAAUAUUAGCAUGUGGCGAUGAUGACUGCAAAAUUCACUUAUUUGUUCAACAAAACGAUCAGUUUCAGAAAGUGCUUUUUCUAUCUGGACAUGAGGAUUGGAUAAGAGGCGUGGAAUGGGCAGCCUUUGGUAGAGAUCUUUUCCUAGCAAGCUGUUCACAAGAUUGCCUGAUACGCAUAUGGAGGCUGUAUAUAAAAUCGACAUUUUUAGAAGCUCAGGAAGAUGAUAAUAUAAGACUGAAAGAAAAUACUUUUAAUAUAGAAAGUGAAAGUAUUAAAAUAGCAUUUGCGGUUACUCUGGAGACUGUGCUGGCUGGUCACGAAAACUGGGUAAAUGCAGUUCAUUGGCAGCCUUCAUUUUACAAAGAUGGUGUUCUGCAACAGCCAAUGAGAUUGUUGUCUGCCUCAAUGGAUAAAACCAUGAUUCUUUGGGCUCCAGAUGAAGAGUCAGGAGUUUGGCUAGAACAGGUUCGAGUAGGAGAAGUAGGUGGCAAUACCCUGGGAUUUUAUGAUUGCCAGUUCAGUGAAGAUGGCUCCAUGAUCAUUGCUCAUGCUUUCCACGGGGCACUGCACCUUUGGAAACAGAAUGCCACUAACCCGAGAGAGUGGACUCCAGAGAUUGUUAUUUCAGGACACUUUGAUGGUGUCCAAGACCUAACAUGGGAUCCAGAAGGAGAAUUUAUCGUCACUGUUGGUACUGACCAGACAACUCGACUUUUUGCUCCAUGGAAGAGAAAAGACCAAUCACAGGUGACCUGGCAUGAAAUUGCAAGGCCUCAGAUACAUGGAUAUGACCUGAAGUGUUUGGCAAUGAUCAGUAGGUUUCAGUUUGUAUCUGGAGCGGAUGAAAAAGUUCUUCGAGUAUUUUCUGCACCUCGAAAUUUUGUGGAAAAUUUUUGUGCCAUUACGGGCCAAUCACUGAAUCACGCGCUUUGUAAUCAAGACAGUGAUCUUCCAGAAGGAGCUACCGUCCCUGCUUUGGGAUUAUCAAAUAAAGCUGUCUUUCAGGGAGAUAUAGCUUCUCAGCCUUCUGAUGAAGAGGAGCUGUUGACUAGUACUGGUUUCGAAUAUCACCAGGUGGCCUUUCAACCCUCCAUACUUACUGAACCUCCCACUGAGGAUCAUCUUCUGCAAAAUACUUUGUGGCCUGAAGUUCAAAAACUAUACGGACAUGGUUAUGAAAUAUUUUGUGUUGCUUGUAGCAAUUCAAAGACACUGCUUGCCUCAGCUUGUAAGGCAGCUAAGAAAGAGCAUGCAGCUAUCAUUCUUUGGAACACUGCAUCUUGGAAACAGGUGCAGAAUUUAAUUUUCCACAGUUUGACUGUCACGCAGAUGGCCUUCUCUCCUGAAGACAAGUUCUUACUAGCUGUUUCCAGAGAUCGGACCUGGUCACUGUGGAAAAGGCAGGACACAAUCUCACCUGAGUUAGACCCAGUUUUCAGUCUCUUUGCCUUCACUAACAAAAUCACUGCUGUGCACAGUAGAAUUAUUUGGUCUUGUGAUUGGAGUCCUGAUGGCAAGUAUUUCUUCACUGGAAGUCGGGACAAAAAGGUGGUUGUCUGGGGUGAGUGCGACUCCAGCGAGGACUCCACUGAGCACAGCAUCGGCCCCUGCUCCUCCGUUCUGGACGUGGGCGGAGCUGCGACUGCCGUCAGUGUCUGCCCAGUGCUUAACCUUUCCCAACGAUAUGUUGUUGCAGUAGGAUUAGAGUGUGGAAAGAUUUGUCUAUAUUCUUGGAAAAAGACUGAUCAAGUUCCAGAAAUAAAUGACUGGAUGCACUGUGUAGAAACAAGUCAAAGCCAAAGUCAUACACUUGCUAUCAAAAAAUUAUGCUGGAAGAACUGUAAUGGGAAAACUGAACAGAAUGAAGCAGAAGGCACUGAAUGGUUACACUUUGCAAGUUGUGGUGAAGAUCACACUGUGAAGAUACACAGAGUUAACAGAUGUGCACUGUAAUGGACUUAAUGACUGCAAGCAUAUACUUGUUGGUGUCUUAAAAAUAUUUAUCAUGUAAAUAGAUAACCUUUCUUUACCUCAUAAUUUCAUUGCAUUUCAUGCUUAAGCUCUAUGGCAGUAGUCCUUAUGUGAGUCUCAGACCCUUUGAAAUAUGAUGAAAGCUACAGACUCUUCUCUCAAAAUGUUUAUAUACACACAGUCUCAGAACCUUGCCCAUACUUUCAGGGAUUCAGACCUGCAUCUGUGUGUCCCAGAUUGAGAGCCUCUAUUCUUUCUUUCUUCAUGACCAAAUUUGCCUAAUUUUGUGUCAUUUCGGGCCUUCUCUUUUCAAAUGUUUGGGACGUUUCAUUAUUUACUACCCUCCUCUGAGGGAGAGCCUAGAAAAUAAAAAGAGAUAAAACCCAGAUUACUCAAUUUUUAUUUUAACAGUUUUUGUAAAUAAGCAGACCACACAAAGUGUGGUCUUGACCCCUCCCUCCCGGUACACACCAGCCAUUCUAGGAAUUUGGCAGGUUGUGAGUUUGAACUGUAGUCGGUCUCUUCUCUUACUCUUUAAAAGUACAUAGAUGCUUCCUUCAGAGUUUGACUUAAAGUGCUUAAAGUAACUGAGAGACAUAGGGGCUGGAAAGUAUCAUCCGAAUCACCUGAAUUUCUGUGAAGUUGCAAGGAUGAGUCACAAGAGGAAGGAUGAAGUCAUGAGCGUGAAGGAUGUCCCUCAGGGAGAGGGAGCGGUGGGAGCAGAGGGCAGAAGAACACACCAGAAAGAGUGCUGGGUGUGCCUGCUGAGGUUUGGGAGGCUGCCCGCCAGAGCUGAGCACUUGGGAGUUGGGUGGAGAGGGGUUAAGAGAGGGUGUGGGAGAGCCUGCGAAGACUGGUGGGAGAGCCAGGCCUCUCCUGACCCUGUGGGAACAUGAGCCACCUGGCAGAUUGCCACUUUGCACACUGUACGUAGUAAAUAGCUGGAAGGAGGGAGGCGAGGAUUUUCUUGCUGGGCGUUUAUGCUAUUAUCUAACAUGACAUUUUACUUCCAAAGAAGUUAAGUGAUACUUAGUCCAAAGAAGUUAAGUGAUACUUAGUCUAAAUGAAGGUUUUUAGACCAGAACUAUCCAGUAUUUCUAGUCCAACAGAAAUAUAAUGUGAGCUACCUAUGUACUUUAAACUUUUCUGGUAGCCACAUGAAGUAAAAAGAAAGAGGUGUAAUUUAUUUUAGUGACACAUUUGUUCAAACCCAGUAUAUCCCAAAUAGUAUCAUUUUAAUAUAGUCAAUAUAAAAAAUUAUGGAGAUAUUUUACUCUUUCUUCUGUAUGAAAUCUUUGUACACUACAAAUUGCAUUUUACACUUAGAGCUCAUCUCAAUUCAUAACUAGCCACAUUUCAAAUGCUCACUAGCCACCUGUGGCUAGUGGCUAUAUCCAUAUUUGGACAGUGCAGUUCUAGACCACUGAAUCUGUAUAAACUUGUCUUACACCCUUAGGGGUGUGUGUGUGCAUGUGAGCAUGCAUGCACCAAGGCAGUGAGCACCUGAGCUUCUUAACCUCAGAAACCAGGAUGCUCUGAAGGAUGAUUUCUUUGCUUAUCUGCUGAAGGAUCUGAAUCUUCCCGUUGGCACACAGCAAUUUGUUCAGAUCCUGCGCACAUGGGGUUCCAGAGCAGACUCAGUGGACUAACAGUCCUUUAGAGCCUUUUCCAGCACGGAACUCAACCCCCUGAGGUCUCCUGAAAGCAGGCCUAGUCUUGGAGAGACCAAGUUCAUGGUUAGUUGUUGUUUUGCCAGUUGUAAAUAGACAGUUUUCCCAAGUUGUCCUGAAGCAUCUUCCUCAGUAAUCACCUGUGUAAUUAAUUCAGUUCAGUAAGUGUUUCCAGGACUUGGUGUACAUUUGGGCAGUAUAGUGAACUCCAUACACAUACAUUGUACUUUUACCAUGAUAGUCUUCAUCUGCUAAAGGAGAACACUUUGAACCAUACUGUAGUAGUUCAUAACAUCUAAAGCAAAAAGGCAGUCUUGCAGCUUUGCUCUGGAGUUGCUGAGGAGUAUUUCAGAAUCCCUGACCUGCCCUUCCUUGUCUUCCCUGAUAAUUUCAUUUUUCUGCCUGAGUCACAGCAUCAAAGCUCAGACUGAUGCCAAGUGCCAACCUAAGCAGUUGCUAUCUUCUGACCUACAUGACUUUCCUAGAUGGAGGAGAGGUGAUUGGGUUGUGUUCCCAGCACAUGUUUACCUUGGGCAACAAGGAGCCAAAUCACUAUCUUCCCAGUAGCCUCAGGGGGAGCAGCCAUGGUUAUUGGUUCCAAAGAGAGACUGGGGGAAUUUGAGGGAGACUGUGCCAAUUCAGGAAUAAAAGGAAAGCCAGAAUCAUUCCCUGUCUUAAGUUAUCCUCGCCACCGUAGAAAAUCUUGGGUUGUCUGUAAGAAAAAUGCAAGGCCUUCUACCCACUUCUGUACAAAUCCUAUGUACUUCUCAAGGCAAUCUGGGUGAGGGUUGGAACCCCGAUGUAAGGAAUCAGAAGUGCGUUUGAAUCCUGACUUACACUGGCUAUACCUGGGUAAGCUUUCCCCCUCAUCUCUGUAAAUGGAGAUAAUAUUAAUGGAUCAGUCUGACCUCGAUUCAGCUCUGUGUGAAAGAAAAUGCAAAAUGUUCUUUCUGGCUUAUUGCGAGAGAGAAGUUUUCUCUCUCAAAAGCAGUCAAGGUAGGCAGACCAGGUCGGGCAGGGAGCCUUCUCAACAUGGUCAGGGGACCCAGGCUCUUUGCUACCAUGCUCAGCGUGUGGCUUCCUCACUAUCCAGGAUGGCUGCUUGGCCUCCUGCCAUGACCUUUGCAUCCCAGCCAGGAGAAAGCAGGAAGGCAUAAGAGGCUUGCCCCUAACUUUAAGAAAACUUGGAAGUCCAUACCGUUGUGCUUAACCUCUGUGGCCUGAAUUUUGUCUUGUAGCCGUACCUCAAGAGAGGCUGGGAAAUGAAAUCUUUAUUGCAGGUGGUCAUGUGCUUAGCUGGGAAUUGAAGUGCUUUAUUCUGGAAGAAAGAACAAAUGUUAGUCUCAUUUCAUAAAAAAUAACCACUUCAUAGGGUUGUUCUGAGGAUUAAAUGAGCCAAUGCAUGAAAAAUGCUAGCCCAAGGCCUGGAUAUAGUAAGACACCAAUAAUCGGUAACUGUUACAAUUAAAUAAAGCUCAGCUCAUGUCA